UUACUGGGAAGAUAUGGAGCGCUAUGGACACAGUCUGCGCGACUCUGGAAGGUAUCUCCAACUAAUGAACUAAAUAUUUCUCCAGCAAGCGAUUUGAGAACCUGAGAAGAGAGAACGGCUGGCCCGGUUGAGGAUGGAGUGUGCAUUUGACGCACAGAAUCUGAUCUCCAUUUCUUUGAGGAAAAUCCAGAGCUCCAGGACGCAGAGAGGAGGCAUCAAGCUCCACAAGAACUUGCUGGUAACGUACGUUCUCCGAAACGCCAGGCAGUUUUACAUGAGCAAAGACUCGUCGCCAACCCAGCGGACGCCUCCUUAUGAGGAUGUUGCGGCGGUGCGCGAGAGACAAGAAUACCUGGAGCUGACUGGGAGCUUCACGGAGUUGGCUGAUGACUUCUACUGCAACUUUACCGGGGCAGAGUCGGGCGCUUGGCACUGCGGAGCGCACCAGACCAACAGCCAGCCCGCAGAGGUGGCGCACCAAGACGCAGCCGCCUGCGCAAUGGUUCCACCGGGUGACUCUGACCUGCUGGUGCCGGAAGCCUGUUGGAGCUGCUCGGACAAAUCAAACUGGGAGCUGACAGUCCCGAACACACAAGCCAACCAGAAGACAGUCCUGGACUUGGACACUCAUGUGGUGACGACUGUCACGAACGGAUACUUCCACUCGGACUGUUGCGCGCAGCCAAAACAGCCGCAGGGCGCGCAGUGCUACUCCAAAAAGCGCAAGAUGGACACAAGUUAUUACAUUGUUGAUCCGGAGUUUUAUCUGCCGGACUUUGGAGCGGUGCCAUGUAAGAGGAUGCGGGGUGAGGAGGACCUCCACGCGGACUCGGAGCAGUUGGGCAGCACGAACAUCUCCAACCUGAUCUCGGUGCUGGGAUCAGGUGGGCUGUCUGAGUUUGUGAGUUGGCAGCAGACGGACCUUGAGCAAAUAUUCGCCACUCAAACAAUUUGCCUAAAACAUACACUGUUAUCAGGCAGUGGCUGGACCAGAGCAAUCGAAGCAUUUUGAUUUUGUAUGAUUGUUUUAUUUUUUAUUGUUGUUGUUGUUGUUGUAACGUUUACUUUGUUGCUUUGAAAUAAACCAUGACAC